AUGAAUUUGCCUUCUAUGUCCUCCAUGCACUUCUUUGAGGGAGGCGAUGGGCAGAUUCCUGGCCUUGAACAGCGAUCAGAAGUCACGCAGCCGAGGCGCACGCUAUUAGCCAUCUCUGUCCCUAUUAUCAAGUCUUGCCUUCUCUACUCACUGGCCAUCUGGGGCGCCUUCACAAUCAUUGCAAAACCAUUCCGUGUCAAUGAAGUACCUUUUAAAGGCCAAAUAUCUUCCAGCGUUGAGCCAAGGGGAUGCGAUUGUGGAGAGUCCGUCGCAGAGGCAAUUUUUCGCGGUUGCCGAUUCGACGGGCUCGCAAUGGCUUGGCUUCCAGAGCAUUGCCGCGACGAUGAAUUAGCGGAAGAAUUUAACACAAUGGGCGACGGCCCUGAUGGCACUUGGAUCUACUACGCCGAUCGGGAACGUACUAUCCAGAUUGACUCCGACGAGGUGGCAGCCUUAGCAGAUCACCCCGAGGCCUUGGUCCAUAUGAGCGUCCAGUGGCACACUAUCCAUUGCAUCUUUUACUGGCGAAAGCAGUUCCGGUCACGGUUCAAUGGCAAAAUAGUGGAGCCCAGGUCUGAUUCAGAGCACCACAUCAAGCACUGUGGAGAAAUUUUCUUGUCGGGAGGGUCGGGGACGAAAUCCGGGGUGGCUCUGAAUACGAACAUGGAAUAG